AAAGCUCUUUGACCGGUUUCUUGCGUCGCAAACGCCAGUUUAGUGUGUGUUGAAAAUAUAUCGUUACCGUUAACUGUAGGAAACCAGUGGGAAACUUUAUCAGAAGGAAGAAGUGUAACAAUUUUAUAAUUGGAAUUUACUUUCGUAGCGUUUAAGUAUUAAAACCCAUACCUUAAUUUGAAUUUUUAUAUAGGUAAUUAUAAAAUUGCAAUGAAUUCCGCUGCUUCUGCUGCACUUCGAGCGGCUAAAGAGGCCUUACGAGGAGAAGUUAAGAAGAAGCUUUUGUCUAUGUCGAAAGACGAAAAACUUAAGCAAUCAAGGCUUAUUGCUGACAAGUUGAUCAACCACGACAGAUUCAAGAACAGCCACCGUAUUUCAAUCUACUUAAGCACAGACCAUGAGGUACACACAGUUGGAAUCUUGGAACAGAUUUUUAAAAUGGACAAACAGUGUUUUAUACCUAAAUAUGACUUAAACAACCAGCACAUGGAUAUGGUCAGGCUUUACUCACUAGAAGACUUGGCUAAACUCCCAUUGACCAAAUGGAAUAUCAAACAACCAUCUGAUGAUGACCACCGAGAAGAAGCUCUUGCUACUGGUGGACUGGACUUGAUGGUCAUCCCAGGCUUGGCAUUUGAUAAACGAGGAGGACGAAUCGGAACUGGCCAGGGCUAUUAUGACGUCUAUAUUGAUCGUUGCCUACACGACCCUAGCGGUCGUCCUUACCUGGUUGGAUUAGCUUUUCAAGAGCAGAUACUACACAGUAUUCCCAUGGAUGAACAUGAUAUCGUAGCUGAUGACGUCGUUUUCCCUGAUAACACUAGUGAGGUGUAGACUUUCAAAUGUCUUCCCUAACCUCAUUUUUAUUGUGUUUUUUCUUUUUGUACAUCUAGUCAGAUCUAUAUUGCCAAAGUCUCCUUCCAUAGGUAUAACAAUAAUUACUUACACCUUGUUUUUCUUUCAUAGCAUUAUUUUAUAAUUUCACAUGAGCAGUUGUUAAGCAUGUGUACUGUUAUAAACCCAUGAUUACUUCAGGUGGGCUUGAUCUGAUUGUGGAUCCCGGUUUGGGCUUUGGUAAAUGGAGAUGGUCGGAUAGGAAGUAGUAGAGGUUACCGUGAUUGUUACACUUUCUGCAUGACCCUCUUGGCUGACCUUACUCUAUUGCCUUGGUUUUACUGGACAUCUUCUACGGAGUGUACCCAUGGAUGUGCAUGGUGAUGUUGUAGAUGAAUUAACUUUCCCAGAUGUGACUGAUGUUUCUUUUUUGGGGUUUCCUCAGUUAAGGACAUUGGAUAUGUAACUUGAAAGUUUGUUAAAAAUAUGUAAAAGUUAAACAGUAAAUAUAAAUUCCCACUACAUCAGUUAUUAAGGACAAUUGGCAUAACUUCGGAGUCCUGCCAGAUUUUAAGUUUGUUAAAAUAAUAAAAGUCAAAGAUGACAGUAAUUUAGUUUACUAGUUUGUUAAUGUACAUCAAAGUUUAAGGACAGUUUGCAAUGUAUUGUGUCACAAAGCUACACGCGUAAAAAGCUAGCACUCUGGUGUUUUGUAUACUUGGGAAAAACCCAAUAGAAUGUUUACUGCACUGCAAGUAAAAAGUAAAUCACUUAUUCUUUAUUGCACAUAUUAAAGCAUUUUUGUAAUCUUAUGUCACAAAAAAAAAAACAGAAAAGAGAUAUAUAUCCCUUUUCAAGAUGUAAUUAAACUUGUAGGCCUAGGGUAUUUGUUAGUCAUGUCUCUGAAAGCAGCAUAUAAAAUCAUUUUUAAAUGACAGUGAAAAUAGCUAAAAUGCUAUCUAGAUAAUAAUUUCAGUAGAAAAUCAACAUUUCCUUAAUCUGAAGGGCACUGUGUUUUAUUCAUUCUGGUUCUUCAAUUAAAAUAGUAUUGGUCAUAUCAGAAUUUUCAUUAUAUUCUUAAGCCUUUUUGAUUAACAUGUUUCCCACUUGUAUAACUGCCGAGAUAUAAAACUAUAUAUAUAUAUAAUUAGCGAGAGCUGUAAUGUGGCAUUAUUAUAAGGUCUAAAGAUUUUGGUUUCACUUUUAGAUCAAGGUUACAUGAAGUCCAAUAAGUAUACUAUAAUUAACGGCAUCUUCCUCUCCAGUGUAUAUGUAUAGUUCCUGAUGUAAGUAAACCUAUCUAACAUUUUUCAGUACAUUAUUUAACUAAUCUGUGAACUACUUUGUUUUUGCUAGCAAUUUUCUUCUUUUCUAUUUUGAAAGCAGAUGUGUGGGAUUUUGUAAUCCAAGUAAUAGUUGCAAGUAGCAUAUUUUGUGCUGACUGUAAUGCAUGUUCAAGUACUUAGGGUUAGAAAAAUAAACUGUUAUCAGCAAAACAGA